AUGGCCACCGAUAAAGCAUCAGAUUCGGAGGAAUCUUUGUUUGGCGCUACUGAAGUUGCUGGGAAAGUUCUGAAGCACCAUAUCUUCUGUGAACAAGAUAGUUCGCAUCACUUCUCCUCCAGCACUAGCACUAAUUGCUUUGAUCUUGCUUUAGAUAUCCUAGCCGAGCUUGAGAAAGAGCUGUUUGGCUGCGUGUUCAAGAACUGGAAGAAGGAGGUAAGAUUAAUGAAAACCUGUUUCCUGUAUGUCAAAAAGUGUAGGAGGAGGAGGAACCACGAAGCGCUUUUGGAGCAUGAUCACGAGGACAGGUGUAAUAUUAUGUCUGAAAAUUUGAGACGUAGUAUUAUUUGCUUCAGAAUUCAAGAUGUGGCUAUCAGUAUGAUUCAUGAUCUUCAGCCUGCUUAUUUUCAAUAUAUUCAAUCUGGUUAUCACUUAGAUAUUGACACCAUUAUAAGUGCGGUUACCAGAUGGUGGGAAAAGAUCAAAAUUUUUCUUGAGACGGAUCUCAAGAAAUCAUGCGCCGCCAUCUUCAUCGACUAUUACUCACCAGGAGAUCCACGACUAGUUAUGGAUCUUAUUAUGUGCCUUUUAGAGACUUUGGAUUGCGUUUUACGUGUUGGGGAGCUAAGGGAUACAAUUAGACACAGGCUAAAACUCUUAAGGAAUCUCAUUGGCUUUGUGACAAUGCAAGGUUUUGAAUGUGCACAACUGACAGAUCUCUUGACUCACACUGUUGUUGCAGCUGGACGCCUGAUUUCUAUAUGUCAGUUUGACUAUGAUGAAAAUCAAAUGGAAUCUGAAAUUUAUCAGCUGCAGCUGAUACACAAGAAGUUCAAUCUUCUUGAUCUCCAAGUCCGAGAAACUUUUGUCCAUGUCCUGACAGCUUCAAAGAAACAACCGAGAUCAUCAUAUGAUAAGAAUAAGGAUCCAGUGGUAGGCCAGUUUAUUGGUUCUCUCCGUGAUUAUCUUAUAGAUCUACUAGGAUCUUAUGCCAGUUUUCAGGUUCCAGUCAAGGAUCAAAUACUAAGACUCCAUGAGGAAAUAAGAUGCCUGGGUAUCCUUCUUAAACAGGAGGAGAAACUAGGUGAUGAAAUGAAGGAGCUUAUUGGAGCUGUGGUCUCUGAUGUAGCAAUUUUGACCUUCUCCCUUUCUGUCAAUGAAAUCAAAGAAGGCUUGCCUAAGGAAAUAGAUCUUGCGGUGUUUCAUUUGCACAAAGUUCUCAAAUAUAUGGUGGCAGAGGUUGGACACAAUUAUCCACUAAAAUCACCAUAUUCAUCAUUUAAUUAUCCUAGACCCAAUGAGUUGGGCUGUAUGGAUUCUUUCCUAGAAAAUCUCAAGGAACUAGCAAGGUGUGAUGAGGCUGAUGAUUCAAUUGGUUUUCAACAAGAUAGAAUCCAAAUGAUCCAAAAAGAUCUCGUAUUUUUAAGAUCUUUCCUAGAAAAUAUCAAGGAGCAGCGCUAUCAGAAUGGAAAACUUCAAGCUUUCUGGAGUCAUGUUAUGGAGGCUGCUUACAAGGCAGAGUUACUGAUUGACUUGGCACUUGUUGGUGAUAAAUGUGAAGAUUCUUUGGAUGCUGUUUCUAGAGAUAUCAAUCUUUUGAAGAUUGAUGCCCCUGAGAUCCAUAAUGUUCAAACCCAAAGAGUUAACAAGACUUCCCUUCACAUACGGUCACAACUUGCUGCCGCCAUGCACGACGAAGAUCUGGUAGGUCUUGACGACGAGGUGGAAACUAUUACUCAUCGGCUUACGAGAGGAUCAAAGCAAUUGGAUGUUGUUCCCAUUGUAGGUAUGCCAGGCCUUGGUAAGACCACAUUAGCCCUCAAAGUUUAUAAUGCUCCUUCAGUUAGGUCACAUUUCCAUGUUCAUGGUUGGUGUCGUGUUUCUCAAACGUGUAGCAAACACAGUUUGUUAGUUCAACUUUUGUGUAGUGUUGAUUCUAGGAGUCCAGAUGAAUAUCUUAAGGAGGAUGAAAAUAAUUUGGCUAACAAGCUAAGGCAGGUUUUGCUGAGAAGUAGGUAUCUCCUUUUUUUGGAUGACUUGUGGGACGUUGAGGCAUGGAAUUUGUUGAAAAAAUCACUGCCGAAUGAUGCCAAUGGAAGCAGAAUUCUCUUCACCAGCAGAUACCAGGAUUUAUCUUUGCAUUUCGAACCUAAUAGUGAGCCUCACCAUCUCCGCCAUCUUACUGACGAAGAGAGUUGGACAUUGCUGCAGAGAAAGCUUUUUGGCACGGAAGAUUGUCCUCCAGCACUAAGUGAAGUUGGAUCUCAAAUAGCAAAACUUUGUCAGGGCUUACCCCUCGCAGUUGUCCUUGUUGCUGGAAUUCUUGCUAUUACUGCACAAGAUAGUUGGGAAGAAGUUGCAAAAAGUCUAAGUUCCAUUGUCCUUGAGGAUGCAUACUGCAUGAAGACACUUGAGCUGAGUUAUAGUCAUCUACCAGAUUAUUUGAAGCCAUGCCUUCUGUACUUUGCUGCAUUUAAAGAAGACGAGGUUAUUAAUGUGCGAAGGUUGUUACGGCUUUGGAUCUCUGAAAGAUUCGUGCAACAGGCUGAAGGAAAGAGAGUAGAGGAAGCAGCUUAUGACUACUUCAUGGCUCUAGUUAAUAGAAGUUUAGUUAUGGGUGUCGGACAAAGAACUGUGGGUGGUGCCAAAGCCUGUCUACUUCACGAUUUGGUACAUGAGUUUUGUGUGAAAAAAGCCAAAGAAGAAAGUUUUCUAUAUGCUAUUCAUACUUGGAACCCUCUUGGGCUUACUGGACCAAGCAACCCCCACCGAGUUUGUGUCCGCAAUACCAGAGAAUUGAAGAUUUGGGAGUUAACGCUUAUAUUUCCCAAUUUACGCUCUUUGAUCUUGUUUGGACAAGAUGAUUUUGAACAUGAAGAGGAGGAUUUGGGUAUUUUGUUACCUAAACUUCUCAGAGUGUUGGAUUUCGGGAAUUUGGAGUUUCGUUAUUCUUUCCCAAUGGAAGUAGCAUUGCUUGUUCACUUGAGAUACCUGGCGCUCAAAGGAAUAAGAUACAUCCCAUCUGCGAUAGCCAACCUGUCAAGUUGA